GCCGCCGCCAGAGGUACGGGGGCGUUCUCGUCCGGCUGCGGAACGCUUCGCUGCGGCGAACGUGCGAUCGAGAGGUCCCCGGAGCUGAGUGUGCCCGCUCGGGGCCCGGAGCUCACGGCGCCAAGGAGAGGCCGGAGUAGGUGUUGCGUCCUGCGCCCGCCGACUUUCUGAAUGCCCUCGGCCCUCUGAGGGCAGAGGUGUUCGCUGGGGAGAGACUCCAGAUCACCCUGGAGAACCUGCCUGGAAACCCCGUCUGCAGCUGGAGCCGAGGGAUGGACGCGAUACUCACAGUCAAUGGCAGCAGUCCCGCAGUCUCGCCCCCACUUUCUACACCGGACGCCGGGACUUACACCCUGAGGUGUCAAACAAGCAGCGGGACCGGAUCUUCGCUGGCUGUCUCUCUCCGUGUUCUACCAAAGCGCCCAUCGACACCGCGGCUGUCCUUAAUACCCCUGAGUUCCAAGUAUUCCCCUAAACUCAAGUGUGUGUCAAAUGGCUGCCCGAAGCCCGCAAUCAGAUGGUAUAAAAGCUUGGACCGUACCGGAAACGGUGAGAAUGGUGAAACUCCUGCCCACGCCACAGAGAUGUCAGAGAGCACAGUCAAAAGUUUGUCUUUUAUCCAUUCACCCGUGAUGUGCUGUGCUAGGAACACUGAAGGGGAAGAAUGCUCCCAAAUAUAUGACUAUGACAUGAACAGAAGAUCGAAGAUAAAUGAGAUAGAUGACGAGGCUCCGAGGGUGAUCCUGAGCCUUAGACAGUCCCUACUGCUUCGUUGCAAAGUUGAAGGCCAAGGCCAGUUUCCAGCGCCAGAGUGGCAGAAAGACGGUAAAAUACUGGAUAGUCACAAUGCUAACUACCUUGCUGGAGACUCCGCGAUCAAGGAUGAGAUUUGGCUCUUAAAUGACAAACAUCCGAGGGUUAAGAUGGCCUACUUGUUCAUCGCGUCAGCCAAUGCAAACCACGCUGGUUUGUAUAACCGCAGGGAUUACAAAAACCAAAUAAAAUCUGUCCAAAUCCAUGUCCCGGCUGAGGGUUUCCUUUCGGUUGAUAUGGAGGAGAGCAAAACCCUAUCAGGCCUCGAGGAAUCAGGCUUCUGCCUGAAAGCCACGGUCUCCUCUCACCCGUCCCUCCAGCGCUGUGACUCACGGCCCACGCGGUUGUGGAUGAACAGAUACACCAGACAUCAGAUGCCAGUGUGACAAGACUAACGACACUGUCAAAUGCGAGGCCGUCGUAUCCAGACAAGUAAACCUCACCUGGAU